CCUACAAGUUAUAGGCUACAACAACUGUGUCCAAAAGAUACAAAAUUAUUAUUAACAUGCAAAUUAGUGACGUCUCGAACGUAUACAUUUAAGAUAUUACGUAGUGGAUGUCUUAUAUUAUUAAAAGAAAAAUGUAUUUGUAAAUAUGUACAGACAAUCAAUCUUUAAUAUAGAAUUAAGAUUAAUAGGUAUCAAAUGAAUAGAACAGUACACUCAUUUCAUCUGAAUUUGUAAAUACUGGAAAAAUGUUACGUAGGCGAAAUGUUAACAUUAAAACUGUUAAAGAACUGGAUGCAUUUCCUAAGGUUCUUGAACCAUAUGUUGAUAAGACUGUAGUUGGAGGAACUUUUUCCAUAUUUACAAUCUGCACUAUUGCAUAUCUAAUAAUAGCGGAAACAAAUUACUACUUUGAUAGUAGGUUACAAUUCAAAUUUGAACCAGAUACAGACUUUGAUGCUAAAUUAAAAAUAAAUAUUGAUAUAACGGUUGCAAUGCCCUGUGGUCGUAUUGGUGCAGAUGUUUUGGAUUCUACCAAUCAAAAUAUGAUAGGUCAUCAAUCAUUAGAAGAAGAAGACACAUGGUGGGAAUUAACACAAGAACAAAGAUCUCACUUUGAAGCUUUGAAACAUAUGAAUUCAUAUUUAAGAGAAGAAUACCAUGCCAUUCAUGAACUUUUGUGGAAAUCCAAUCAGGUCACAUUAUAUAGUGAAAUGCCAAAGAGAACCCAUGAACCUAGUUAUGCACCUAAUGCAUGUCGUAUUCAUGGUAGUCUAAAUGUUAACAAAGUUGCCGGAAAUUUUCACAUUACAGCUGGAAAGUCAUUAUCCAUUCCUAGGGGACACAUACAUAUUUCAGCUUUCAUGACUGAUAAGCAUUAUAACUUCACUCAUAGAAUAAACAAAUUUUCAUUUGGUGGACCCAGUCCAGGUAUUGUUCAUCCAUUAGAGGGAGAUGAAAAAAUUGCUGAUAACAAUAUGAUUUUAUAUCAGUAUUUUGUGGAAGUAGUUCCCACGGAUAUACAAACUUUGUUGAGUACUUCUAAAACGUAUCAGUAUAGUGUGAAAGAUCAUCAAAGACCAAUUGAUCAUCAAAAAGGAUCUCAUGGGAUUCCAGGAAUCUUCUUUAAAUAUGACAUGAGUGCACUUAAAAUAAAAGUUACUCAACAACGUGAUACAGUAUGUCAAUUUUUGGUGAAAUUAUGUGCUACAGUUGGAGGCAUUUUUGUUACAAGCGGAUUGGUAAAGAAUGUGGUGCAAAGUUUUUGGUAUAUUGUAUGUUGUAAGUUUUUAAGAUCUAAAGAAAACAAAAAUGAUGAAAAAUGUUCAAAUUCCAUGGUUGGACAGAAUUACAGAGUGCCUGGAACAAUAAAUCUACUGGACGUUUCAGCACCAGAAUAUGUAGAUAUAAUGCUUAAACCACAAACAAUAUAAUUUUCGAAAGUCUUUUGGUAUAUGAAAAGAUACUAGUAAAUUCAUAAUAUUUAUAAACAAGAAUUGCCAUGAGUUGUACGUUUGUAACAAUCUUGU